GCGUCCACAAAAAAAAAAAAAAAAAAUGCGUAAGUGUACUCCUGGAACCUACAGUAUAUAAACUACGGUGACUCCACUAAGCUGCACCGACGCCUGCCAUCGACUCAUCAUGGCCAAAAUCAACUGCUGGUUCUUGGCUGUCACGGCUGCUGUUUUCUCCUGCGCUCAGUGCGAGGAGACCACUGCCCAUCCUCAACCCAUUAUACUGUACCGAGACGUCGAUGGAACAACUGAUCAUCCUGAACCAAUCAUUUUGUAUAAGGGAGAAUCCGUCAACAUUCUUGCUGGAGCUAAUUCUGUCGAAAUGAACAGAGAUGGAUUGCUAAAGUCCUUUGUUUCACUGCACGAGUUCGAGAUAACCAAUCCUGAUAGCGUGCCUGAGGGCGAGCUGUUUGAGAAGGAUAUCCUGCUGACACCUCGCCAGAGGCAGGAGAUGAAGACGAGGAAAGGCCUUUCCGAAUCUCGCUACCGUUGGCAAACUCCCGUGCCUUAUAAAUUCGCUGACAGCAACGUGAACAGAGCCGUGUGCCGGGAAGCAAUGGACCACUGGACAGAGCACACUUGCCUUAGCUUCAAGGAAACCAGCGACUUGUCGAUUCCUCACCUGAAGUUCAAGAAGCUCUCCGGUUGCUACUCCUACCUCGGCCGGCUGUGGUGGCAGAGUGGCCAAGACAUCUCCAUCGGGGAAAACUGCGACACGCUUGGCAUCGUCGCCCAUGAGAUCGGGCACGCCAUGGGCUUCUUCCACGAGCAGUCCCGCCCUGACCGAGACUCCUACAUCCGAGUGAACGAGGAGAACAUCGUGGAAGACAAGUUGUCUCAGUUCGAAAAGCAGACCACAAGCAUCGACACCUAUUCUGUGCCUUAUGACUACAGCUCCGUUAUGCAUUAUGGCUCCAAGUACUUCACCAAGAAUGGCAAGUUCACCAUCUCCACCCUGGACCCCCUCGCGCAGGAACUCAUAGGAUCUCGCGCAGGGCUUUCUCACUACGACAAGUUACUCGCCAACCGCAUGUACUCUUGCAUAGACAAGUGGAUGACACAGUGUGGACUCAGCAGCGACCCGUGUCAGAACUAUGGGUACAUCGGCAAAGACUGUUCCUGCGUGUGCCCAGCUGGGACCUUGGGCACCAACUGUGAGAUCACCUCUGCAGGAUACUAUGACGACAAGCUGUCCUCUUGCACCGAGGAAGUCACGACAGAGAAAACGAUCACGUCGCCUAAUUAUCCUAAUAAUUACGACUCCGGCGUCAAAUGCACCAAGAAGAUCAUCGCCCCCGAGUGCUACUCCCCGCGGGUGACGUUCCGUUCCUUCAGGCUGUACGGCCGCAGCACCUGCAGCGACAGGUCCUCCUGCUGCUACUUCGACGGGCUCAGAGUGUCUUACACCAGCCUCGGCACCGCCGAGUGGUUCUGCGGCCAAGAGAUUGCCCCAGGCCGAUUCUUCCAGGCGGCCGGCCAGGAGUUGUUCCUCUACUUCGAGACUAGAACCAACUUCUACUCGGGCUGGACAGCAGACGUCACCUUCAUUCCCAAGUCUGGAUGCACCCCUACGGCUACUACAACUACUCCGGCAACGACCACAACUACAACAACGACAACAACUCCUACAACAACAACAACAACUACUACUACUACUACUACUACUGCUACUACUACUACUACCACCACUACCACUACCACUACUACUACUACUACUACUACUAGUACUACUACUUCUACUACUACUACUAUUGCAACGACUACAGCAGCGCAGACCGUCUGCCAGCUGCGAGCAGGCGAGAAUGGCUACGAAUGGACUUCCCCUAAUUUCGGUGUACAGAAUUAUCCCAAUGACUUUACCUGCAGCGUUAGGGGGUAUGCGACUACACCCACAUCGGCGCGGUUCAUCUUCAAUGCUUUCGAACUGCAACCGAAGACAAGAACCGGCUGUAAAGAUUUCGUGAAGUUUGACCUUCCAUACAGCAGAAAGAAAAAAUUGUGUGGUUCCCGAACCGGAUUAUUUAGGGUACCAAAUUACAAGUUUGACAUGCAGUUCCGUACCAACUCCGCUGUCAACGCUCCGGGAUACAACAUAACCAUCACGGAUAAACGAACGUCGUGUCACAUGAAAAUUGUGACCGGAAGCCUUGGUGACACGGGUGUCAUCCGCACCCCGCGUUACCCGAAGCGCCACAUCAGCAACGCCGCCUGCGAGUGGUGGAUCCUUGCCCCGAAUGGCUAUAGGGUCAGACUCGACUUCAUCAACCAUUCGACUCGCUGGACCAAGAACUGUUGGGCGAACUACCUGGUCGUCGACACGAGAGGAACCAGGUCAUACACCCGAGAAAACAGCAGUAUCUUCUGCGGGAGCCAGACCCCGGCGCCUCUCACCUCCGUCGCGAAUGAAAUCGAUCUCGUCUACAUGGGGAAGCGUCGUAGCCAAGGUUUCAAGAUCCGCUACACCGUCGUCUAACAUGCCCUGGACGAGAAAUGUACUUUAAUUUAAUUGUAUCCCUGACUAGCCUGGAUUUUUGGUAAUGGAAAAAGAAAAAAAAUCUUUGUUGGUCGGGGAUUAUCAUGGAAUUAAAAAGCAUUAGAUA